GUCGGUUAACUCACGAAAUAAACAACUUAGAAGUACGAGAAAUUUACGAAAGUAUGAACAACGAGAAGAAUUACUUGAUCAUCUAAUUUCAAUUCAAAAGCUUCAGCAUUGUCUAGAAAAUAUUCAUGAACUAUUCGGUAAUGAAUUAGCUAAUGCUGAACAUGAAUUAAAUGCGACAGAUUUUGAAAAUUUUCAUACAUCAUUGUGUACUGGAAUAGAAGAUGCAUUAAAUAGAUUCGUCAAAUGGAUAGAAACCUGGAUUCAUUUACCUCUAUGCAUUUGUCGUUUAGAUGGUGUAAAUGGUCCUGCAUUUGCUCACGCUUUUUUGACCGUAUUUUUUAAUAAAAGUUUUUUAAAAAUUCCUACUUGCGAAGAAAUCUCUUAUGUCAAGCUUUUAGAAGAAGACCUGUCUAAUGGACGUUUAGCUACGUUAGGACUAUUAGAAGCACUUGCACAGUACGAUUUUUUUGAAGAAUUUGAAGCAUUUGCUAAUUAUGAUAUAGCAGAACCAGCAAA